GUUUCAGUGGCAUGAAUGGCGGAAUACCACUUCACCAGUUGGAAAACAAAUAGUCGCCACUUAGAGAGGGAGCUUCAUCUUCAUUAGGUAUGUUGUAGUGUUGUGUGUUGUACAUUUGGGUUUGAUAAGCAUUGCGUAAUAUUGGUUUGGAAAAAGUUUUGUGAUAGUGUUUCGGUUGUUAAUCUCUCUUUGCAAGGAAUAAUAUCAAGAAAUGACGUCUUUAAGAUUUGACGGAAGAGUGGCCAUAGUGACCGGAGCUGGAGCAGGUUUGGGAAGAGCGUAUGCCUUACUUCUUGCGUCAAGAGGAGCAAAAGUUGUGGUUAAUGAUUUGGGAGGAGGUCGCUCAGGAGAUGGCAGCAGUACAAAAGCUGCAGAUACCGUAGUUCGAGAAAUCAGGGAUCAAGGUGGGAUUGCUGCUCCGGAUUACAAUUCAGUUGUAGAUGGGGAAAAGAUCGUACAGACAGCAUUAGAUAACUUUGGUCGUAUUGAUAUUGUGAUCAACAAUGCUGGUAUAUUAAGAGACAGAUCUUUCGCACGAAUUAGUAACAAUGACUGGGAUUUGAUUCACGACGUUCAUUUGAAAGGAGCUUUUAAAGUUACCCAAGCUGCUUGGCCUCAUUUUCGUAAACAGAAUUACGGUCGUGUUAUUGUGACUUCCUCAAAUGCUGGCAUAUUUGGGAAUUUCGGUCAAGCUAAUUACAGUGCAGCGAAAAUGGGCUUGGUGGGGUUGAGUAAUACUCUUGCCAUUGAAGGGAACAAAAAUAAUAUUCAUUGCAACGUCAUUAUUCCUACUGCUGCAUCCCGACUUACAGAAGAUAUUUUACCUCCAGAUUUAUUCAACGAACUUAAACCGGAAUUAAUUGCUCCCGUAGUUGUGUGGCUAUGUCACGAAUCCUGUGAAGAAUCUGGUUCUAUCAUCGAAUCCGCUGCAGGAUGGGCUACGAAAGUUCAAAUUACUCGUGGCAGUGGUUGCCUUUUAAGAAAAGAUAUUAAAGAUUUUGUGUCACCUGAAGAUGUUCGUAAUAAAUGGGAACAAGUUACUGACCUUAGUAAAGCUGAGAUUGCAUCAAGUAUACAGGAAGCAACUAUGGGACUAAUUUCGCAUCUGGAGACUCUCAAACAUGGCGGAGGUCUGGAAGCCGAUCAAGAUGCAACUGUAUCUUCUACAGGCGAUAUCUAUACUUACAAAAACAAAGACCUCUUGCUGUAUGCUUUAGGAAUUGGUGCCACGACUUCAAUCGAGAGUGAUUUGAAGUAUUUAUACGAGUCUCAUGAGAGUUUUUCUGCAUUCCCUACAUUUGGUAUAAUACCCGCUUUACUGAGUGUUAUGUCCAACGAACAAACAACUUCUGUUAUUCCCAACAAAACCUUUGAUUUAUCACAGGUACUUCACGGAGAACAAUAUUUGGAAUUAUUGAAACCCCUCCCAACAGAAGGAAAUUUAAAAUCAAUUAGCAGCGUUGUUGAUGUUGUCGAUAAAGGCAAAGGUGCUGUAAUAGUGCAUAAUGUGGAUACAUUUGAUGAAAAUGGCGAAAAAAUAAUUUUCAAUCAAGUGGUCACAUUUGUGGUUGGUGCUGGAGGAUUUGGGGGCCCGAAACAGUCGUCUAAAAUUGUACCUAUCGCAUCUGCUCCCCGUCGAAAACCAGACGCUCAUUUCAUUGAUAAAACAAUUGCUGAUCAGGCUGCUAUUUACAGAUUAUCCGGCGAUUCUAAUCCAUUGCACAUUGACCCGCAAUUUUCAGCCAUUGCUGGUUAUGAAAGACCAAUUUUGCAUGGAUUAUGCUCUCUAGCAUUUUCUGUCCGACAUGUUCUAUAUAAAUUCGCCAACAAUGACCCGAGUCUCUUCAAAGCCGUUAAAGUAAGGUUUGCAAAACCUGUUUUACCAGGUGAAACAUUAAAGACAGAAAUGUGGAGAGAUAAUAACAGAAUAUUCUUUGAAACUUCUGUGGUCGAACGAAGUACUACAGUUUUAAAUGGCGGUUACGUUGAUCUGUACUCCGUGAAUACUUCAUCUUCAACCCCAAUUCAGCUCAACAGAGUUGAUAGUGAAGAAUUGACUAGCGAUUUGGUGUUUUCGGGAAUGCAAGAUAGAAUCGAUGCUGAUCCUUCAUUAUUGAAAAAGAUCAACGGUGUUUUCUCGUACGUAAUAACGAAAAAUGGCAAACCAGCUGCUCAUUGGAUUGCUGAUCUGAAAAAAGGAAAAGUGUAUAAAGGUUCAGCCACUACUGACGGUGUUAAAAUAGAUACCACUAUUACCAUCGAUGAUGACGAUAUGGUGGAUAUGGCCGUUGGAAAACUUAAUCCACAGGUGGCAUUUGUGAAAGGUAAAUUAAAAAUCAAAGGAAAUGUAUUAUUAGCUCAGAAGCUAAAAUCAUUGACCGCUGAAUCUAAAUUAUAAUCCAUGUUACCAUUCUACGUAUUCCUCAUUAAAUCAUCUGCUGUGGAGUAGCAGUAUAUAUUUCAUAUUAGCUAAAAGCUGUGUCGUAAUUGUUCAUUCUGCGAUCAUUAUUUUUAAUCUUUUCGUUGUCUUAUUACCUAUGUUGUUAUGGUUUUCUAUUUUAGGGGAAGGUAGCAUUUUGUAUUUUUAUUUUUAUAAGGGAUGUUUAAAAAUAUAUACUCUUAUUACA